UUACUUAAUUCACACUAAAAUAAGAAAUUAUUCAAACAGUUUACGUUAGUUUGGCCGACUAAACCGUUUAUUAUUCGGUUCAAAAGUAAUGUUAUGUGAAAUUUUUUUUGAAAAAUACUUUCAGGAAUUGGUCCAAAAAAUUCAUAACAAAAUUAUCUUUCAAAUUAUUAUGAAAACGUGGAUUACUAAAAUAGUGAAUCAAUACAAUUGGCAGAAUUUUAAAAUGAGUGAUUCAAAGAUAAAAAUGAAAACCUCGAAACAGUUAGAGAGGAGUGAAAAAAAGAAGAGGAAAUUAGCUGCGUUAGCCAUUUUGGUGGAAUUAAAUGACCAUGAUCGAAUGAAAGAAGCUAGUUUAGUAAAGUUGAAAAGGCGAGGAGAUACCGUUGUAGAGGAUGUGAAUUCACCUGCUGAACUGGAAAAGAACGAGGACGAUGGAUUUCAAAAAGUUACAUACAAAAGGAAUUUACCAAGAAAUAAACUGCCUGUUCAAACAAAUAGCGAUGAACCAUCAGGAAAGCGCGCUAAACUUGAGAAUGAAAAGAAAGAAGAUACAUCUGAUGAAACUUCAACGAACAGUGACAAUAGAAUUCAAUUAACCAAUGAGCAGUGUAAAGAAAUAAAAGAGCAUCUUCGUGAACGCCAUCGACAACUAGAAAGCUAUCCUACAUUGCGGUUACGUGAAUAUGGUCAACGUGCUAUGUUAGAUGUUCCACGAGAACAGCGAAUUCCAAUAUUUCUUACAGAUGUACAACAUUUAUUAAUGUCCGCUGUAACAGGUAACAAAUCUCCAUGCACUCCAGAACGUUGGUGUACAAUCAAUAAACCGGUUCGUCUGACGCAUAGUGUUGUAUUAAUCCUAGAAGGUUUCUCUCUUUAUCACUAUUUGUCUAAUGAAAGUAAAUUCGAAGAAACGAAAAAAAUAUUUGAUACACGUUUAGAGUUGGUAUUACCACCAUGCAAAGAUGGAAUGAUAGUUGAAGACUUAACAAAGGUCCCAUUAACAACAAUGCAAGCUCAAGUUCUUAUACAAAAGCAUGGUAGUCUGGAAUCAGCUGUAAGGAUGAACACCGAUCCGACUUUGCUUGUAAACUCAAUAUUUCCUAUAGACCAAAAAACUGAAAAAGUUUCAAAGCUUGGUUUACCACAGACAGAUAAGUUUCCCCGCACAAAACUACUACUAUCUGCUUUACAAAUGGUAGAUGAAGGUUAUCCGAUGCCAUUGCGUGGGGAGUUGUCAGAGCGCUUUAAAGAUUAUGUCUUCACAAAAGAAAAAUAUGAGCCUGUAACAGAUCAUAGCCCUAUGUAUGCUGUAGAUUGUGAAAUGUGUCGCACAACGACUGGUCGAAAUGAGCUAACACGUAUAUCUAUAGUGAAUGAAGCUGCUGAAACUGUAUAUGAAACGCUUGUAUUACCCACAAAUAAAAUUACUGACUAUCUUACACAUUACUCCGGCAUAACACCUGAACUAAUGAGAACAGUAACAAAAUCUUUAAAAGAGGUCCAAAAGGAAGUAUCAAAUUUAUUACCUUCAGAUGCUAUACUUAUUGGGCAAUCGCUAAACAGCGAUUUAAAUGCUAUGAGAAUGAUGCAUCCAUAUGUUAUUGAUACAAGUGUUUGCUUUAAUUUAACGGGCGAACGUAGGCGAAAAUCAAAAUUAGCAACGCUCGCUAUAACAUUUCUUAAAGAAAGUAUACAAAAAUAUGGCGAUGGUCAUGAUUCAGUUGAGGACUCAUUGGCAAGUUUAAAACUUGUGAAACUCAAACUAGCCAACAGUUUAGAAUUUGGAGACGAAAUAUUAAUACAAAGGAAACGUUACUGUGAAAUAUUACGUGUGGCAAACUCUGAGAAUAUUAAGAAUAAUAUGCUUGCGCAUGCUACUCAGAGUGAUAAACGCACUGCUAUAGUAACUGUGGGCACCUUAAAUGAUGACAUAAAGCACAGCAUAAAAAAAGCGGAGGAAGCAACUGAACCAAAUGUGAAUACUGCUAUUUCUAUAUACGAACUAGACUCAAACAAAUCUGCAAUAAAUAUAGCGCGCCAAAUUGCAAUUGAUAAUGCAUUGACAAUAACCAACUCACGCAUCAAAGAAGAGCAUUUGUUACCAGAUAUUGUUCCAAGAACUGCUGAAAAAAUUGAUAAAUGGAUAUGUAAACUAUGGAAGUCUGUAGCACAGAAUGGCAUGUUUGUUGUCUUAAUGGGUGGUUCAGCGGAAUGUCCAAGUGGUGUUGCAAAAGUCGCCAUUAAAAAUAUAACUUCGAAUGAGUCACAUGAUUUAGUAGAUGUUCAAUAGUCUGUAAUAGUGCAGUAAACAUAAAAACAUCUUAAUACCAUCAUAUGGUUUUUUUGAUACAAUUUUCGUUAAAAUUAGUCUGUGGAAUAUGUGUUGACACAUUUAUAAAUUUGGAAAAAUGGAAAAGAUCCUUUUUCUCGAUAUAAUUCUAAUAAUAUGUAAUAAGU